AUGACCAUUCCUCCUGCAAAUGAAAGUUUGGGCUGGGUCUUGGGAAGUUCCCGAACAAACAUGCCAGGCAACUUUGUAGACUUCCUUCUUGCUCCGUUCACCAAUAAAUAUGCUCUUCAUUCGCGCCACUGCAGGCUGCGACGCCUGCUCGAAACUGGUGUAUUACUGGCUAUAUCUGAUAGUAGAGAGGUCAGUGUCGACGGCAAAAUCGUCCAACGCGACAUGAAAAGGGAGGAGCAGGAUGAACAAGAUUAUCAGGCUUCUCUACAGCAUGGUACCAGCAUCGGACUUGGCGACCUGACUUAUCGUCUCGUAUACACAGAUUUAAACCCGAAGCAACAACAACGCGAACUCCAAGAAGCCCUCAAGCGAGCUAGCACUGGGCUUGAUAAGUCCGUCAUGCUUCUGUCACCAACACCAUCCAGGCACACUAUUGACUACCAUGGCUACAGCAUCUUCGAUGCCAAUCUUCACGGAACAACUAGCACUGUGUCAUUGGGAUAUGACAAGUCAAAUGGGAAGCCGGUCGCCGUCAAAAUGGUCAAAUGUACUGCUGCGCAGUUCAAUGACCUUCGAAAAGAGAUUGAAAUCUUAGGCCGCCUCAACCACGUCGUCAAUUGGGACUCAUCCGCCGAUCCACGUACGUGGCGUCAGGAUGAAGGUCCAACGGUGGGCCUCAUCAUGUCGCCGCCAGCAACCACUGGAGCGCUGGACUUGCUCACAUCCUGGAAGUCUCUUCCUGAUUCUGCUACUUUUCUUCGUGACUCGAUCCGCCAGGUAGCGUCCGGCCUCGCUCAUGUUCACAGCCUUAACAUACUACACCGAGACAUCAAGCCCAACAAUAUUGUUUAUCACUCUACCAGCCCGGUACAUGCCAUAAUCGUCGACUUUGGAUGUAGCGAGCCGGAUCCGACAAGCAUGCGUCAUGACCGAGGAACAAUGACUUAUCUUGCUCCGGAGGUCAUGAGAGUGAAAAAUGGAGAAUCAACUCAACCAUUCUCUUUCCCAUCAGAUGUUUGGAGCCUGGGUGUUACUCUUGUCGACUUCCUGUUAAACAAGCAGUUUCACAAACAAUUGGGAGAGGCCGCAACCUAUGAGAAGUUCCAGAAGACUAUGGCAAUGAAUACUGUUGAGCUGCACUAUCCGGAUUUCUGGAAUCUGGUCCUAGAACUUUUAGCAUGGGAUUCUGAAGUUCGACCAACGGCAAUGGAAGUGGCUCAACGCCUCACGGAUCAAGAAGAAACUCGGCCCGAGAAAGUCUCGCGACGCGCAUCGACGAACGAAGAUCCAUCGGCCAAACGCGAGAAACUCCAGAUCUAG